CUCCUCCUCUCUUCCAGCGAGUCUCUCCAAGAAUAUGUCCGGACUCCUCCUCUUAUGAUAAUGUGACAGUAGCAUCUCCUCUUGGAGACAAGCUCCGCUCAUUCUGAUUAUGUGAUCUGUUUCCCCCACGCAGGCGUUCUGUCUCUGCAUUCUCCCUCCUCGAAAGACUCCAUGCGCACUCCACACUCGCCAGGCGCACGCGUGUCAUACUUUGUUCACUAGUUGACUUUUGAAGUUUUUACUUCUCACAAUAAUUGUCCGACAUGACCACGAUGGCAACCCCAGCUACCCCGGCUUUGCUCCCCGCCGCUCCCCUCGGACACCACCCGGCACCGAGCUCCGUCUCUCCGGCUACUAACUCUCCGCCACCUGCGGCCACCUCCGCCGCCUCCUCCCCGGCUCCUCCGGUGGCGCACCCCGCGCUGCUCCACCAGUUCCGGGCGGACCUCUUAAUGCACAACGGGACCCCGUUAAAGAGCGGCGGAGCUGCGGUGACCGGCGGCGCUAAACCCGUGUACGCCACCGCGUCCCCGGUGGAGAGCACGCCGCAGAACAACGAGUGCAAGCUGGUGGAGGUGAAGGGUGCCAAGCUGGCCUCGUUCACGGUGAAGGACAGGGAACUCAUCUGCCUGCCGCAAGCCUUCGACGUCUUCCUCAAGCACUUAGUUGGCGGGCUGCACACCGUUUACACCAAGCUGAAACGGCUGGACAUCACCCCCGUGGUGUGCAACGUGGAGCAGGUCCGCGUGCUGCGGGGGCUCGGGGCCAUCCAGCCCGGAGUGAACCGCUGCAAACUCAUCUCCAGGCAGGACUUUGAGACGCUCUACAACGACUGUACCAACGCAAGUUCAAGGCCUGGACGACCGCCCAAGAGGCUGCAGAGUGCCACAGAGGGCGGGACUCACCACAUGCUACCCCACAGUGGUCUGUUGCAUGCUGGGAUCAUGCCUCCUGCAGAUCUCUCUGCCCUGGCCAAAAAGAUCAAGCUAGAAGCAAUAGCCAGUUACCACAGCAACCAGCAACAUGGCGCUACAAACGGUGAGAAUGGUGACCACAACCCUGGACUGGUUCUGGAUCAGUUGCCCUUCAUGAUGAUGUCACACCCCCUGAUCCCGGCCAGCCUGGCGCCGGCCUCGGUUUCCAUGGCGAUGGGCCAGAUGAACCGACUAAGCACGUUGGCCAGCAUGGCGAACGUGGCCCAGCUGAGCGCCAGCUCCCGCUGCAGGGCUCCCACCUCUGUCAUUAAGGAACGAGUGCAGGGCAGCCCCUCGCCUGCUCCUUCCCUAGAGGAAGCUCAGAUGUCAUCAAAUCACAGCAGCAGUUCAAAUUCACCGUCACAGACAGAACGGACUGCAGAAUCCACACAUUCCCUUCAUGACGUCCUGUCGUCAAGUCACAGCAUGUUGGGACACUCUCCUGGGCUGAUGCAGGCACCAAAGGAGGCUGAUGUGACUUCAGUGGAAUACAACAAGGAGAACAAGAGGAGCCACUCUGACAGGGAUAACAGCUACUUGGUUGCACAGUCUACCAGGGAGAGCUGUGAUAGACAAGUUGACCAAAAGCUCCCAUCAGGCAAGGAGAGCUGCGAGAGGGUAUCUUACCCUGCAGGACAGAAGCUCCCAGCAGGUCUUCACCACACUCCCUUCAUCUUCCCGGAAGGCUUGUCCUCCAUAGAGACCCUGCUCACAAACAUCCAGCAGGGCCUGCUGAGGGUCGCCAUAGAGAAUGCCCGGGCGCAGGAGAAGCAGGACCAGCUGGAGAGGACGGAGCUGAAGAUGGAGCUUGUCCGAGAGAGGGAGCUCAGGGAAACCCUGGAAAGACAGUUGAGCAUGGAGCAGAAAAAUAGAGUUCUGAUUCAAAAGCGUCUCAAAAAAGAAAAAAGAAGCAAGAGGCGACUUCAAGAAGCCCUUGAGGAAGAGGUCAAGCUGCGCGAUCAGGCCGAGCACAGCCUGCUGCAUACUGCCAACACUCACUUAGGCCAUCAAUCAUCCGCAGUCCUUCCUCACACAGAAGCUGUGACCCAGGACGUGGACGGGAGCAGCCACGACGACAGCAGGCUGGACAGCAAGGCGACAGUACAAGGUAGAGCUGUCCAGAGGGAAGAGUGUUCCUUCAGACCACCGGACUGUUCUGAGAAGAAGCUAAAGCAGUGGAAAGAUGAAUGAUUAAUGGAAAGACCGGAGCAGAGCGCGAUGAAGACUCUUCAAUUAUGACCAAUAUAGCUGACAGACACGCUCAGACCCACCGUGGCACGUGGGAAACAAUUCUCCAGCUUCCUCCUCAUUUCAAGGGUGACACCUGAACUUUAAUCAUUGUUCUCUUCUUUAAUUUAUUGCAUUUACCUUCAAAUCCCAACUGGAAUAGAACUUUAUUCUGAUGUUGUGUUUGGCUGUGUUUUCUUUUAAUCACGGUUUAUAGUUACUAGAUGAUAAAGAUCAUAGUUGUUUGUUGUCAGUGCAGUUUUUUUUUUGGACACAGGUGAUGAAAAUAACUUGUAACAGAGAUGUGUACAUAUAUAUAGUGAUCACUUUUAUUAUUAUUAUUAUUAUUAUGGUAAAAAAAAGAAAAUCCUAACUGCAUGUUGUACAUUCAGGUAAUGACCUCUAUUGUGUAUGUUAUGCAGUAGUGCAGUUUGACAAUACAAACAAUACAGAUCAUUUUUCAUAAAC